AUGGAGCGCCCAGCGCAACCAGCGCCGCCGGCGCGGCCACCACAGAAGAAGGGGCCGCCUCCGCCUCCGCCGCCAUCAUGUAUGGUCUGCACCGACCACACCGACCUCAUCCGCGCCUGCCGCAACUGCCCAAGCCACAUCUGCCAGGAUUGCCUCAGGAAUCGCUUCGACCGGAGUCUGGAAGAGCCAUCGAUGUUUCCUGCCUCCUGCUGCGCCAUCAUACAGCUGCACACCGUCCUUCCGGAAUAUUCGACUGACAAAGCGAACCAAUACAGACGCAAGUUCGAAGAGUGGCUCACGCCUGCGAAGAUAUACUGCCCCUCGCCAACCUGUUCAGCAUUCAUCCCAGAACGCAACGUUCCAAAGCAGCAGCGACCACCGCCACCUGCACCUUCCCUUCAAGAUCUUCUGCUUCAAAUUAUCGACGAGCUUUUCAAAUGCCAUCAUUCUCGCUUCUUCCAGGGAGACUACAACGUCAGCAAGACACUCAGAUUCCACGAGUGGGUACCCAAAUCGAUCGACCUCGACGAUAUCAAGCAGAAUGCUCUCAAUGGCGAGUACGACUCCGCAGCGAAGUUGACGAUAGACAUGUCGCUCAUCGCGACGAACGCAAAAUUUGUCAUGGGAGCGUCACACCCCACAAGUCAUGCUGCGAUGAAUCUGUUCGCAGACUACAACAAACUUCUGGCACAACUCACCGAUCGACUAGUCGCAGACACUCAUAACAGGCCUCAGAUCACCCAUCAAGACAUAUUCCCCUGCCCGACAUGCCUCAUCGCAAUAUGCGUCAAAUGCAGACAGAAAGCGCAUCCGGACACGGACUGCGACACCACAGAACUCGACCACGAGGAGACCUUGCUGGCACAAUACGGCUACAAGCGCUGUCCUAGAUGCCGCGAAGGUAUCAAGCGGAUGCUCGGCUGUGCGCACGUUCAAUGCCGUUGCGGCGCUCACUUUUGCUGGAAUUGUGCGAAAUCGAUUGACGACUGCAUGGGUGACUGCGUUAGCGACUUCGAUUCGGAAGGCGAGGACGAAGAUAUGGACGAAGACAUGGAUGAGGAUGAGGAUGAGCACGAGGAGAUAUAUGAAGAAGCCGCUGAAAGAAUGUCGGAGGAUGGUAGCAACCGCGACGAUGCAGGAAAAUCGCCACGCGCUGAUAGUCUCACGCAAGGACGAUCACCUCCGCCUCCAUUAUCUGAAGCUUACCAAGCGCUCCGCGCGCCAGUCAACCUCGACGCUGGAGGUGCAGCACGAUGGGCUGGAAGUGGACUCAAUUUUGGCGAAGAGCCGAAGGAGCCUGCCGUUCAGGUCUGGUCUUGCCAACAUCACUUUGAGAAAUUUGCAUCUCCAAAGGACGGCCAGAACUACGGCAAUCUUGGAUAUAUGGAAUGCAACCGGUGUUUUCUCCACGUCAGUGAGACUGGUGUGCACUUCCAGAGAAACCCGGGUGCCGAGGCAGGAGCGUGGGAGUGCAAUGACUGCCGGUUGAUCGUAUGUGAGGGUUGCAAGGAGCACUACGAGGAUUGA